CAGUCCGCGAACGACAUGGAGGUGAAUGGGGCUUUGUCCCAGGACUUGCAAACAAGGUGGAACAUGCUGCGUCUGCUGCUGCUGGUGGCCCUCCUGUGUGGAGGGGAGUCUGCAGGCUCCCACUCGCUCCGUUAUCUCUACACGGGGGUGACCCCGGGCUAUGGGGUCCCUGAGUUCACGGCGGUGGGAUACGUGGACGAGGAGCAGAUUGAUUACUACGACAGCGUGACGCGGGUAAAGGUGCCGCGGCAGCAGUGGAUGGCGGACAGUCAGGGCCCCGACUACUGGGAGCGGGAGACACAGAAACGGAGGGGAUGGGAGCCCGUAUUCAAGGCCAACGUCCAGAUCUUGCAGAAGCGGACAAACCGGACCGUGGGAUGUGUAAAGCCCCUCCACUGCGGGCCGUGUGUUGCAGGGAUCCACACUCUACAGCGCAUGUGCGGCUAUGAGCUGCGCUUGGACGGUUCCAGCGCUGGGUUUUACCAGUUCGGUUGGGACGGAGAGGAUUUGAUCAGCUUCGACAGGGAGCACAUGGUGUGGGUGACGCCCGUCACCUGGGGGUUGUUGACCAAACACAAGUGGGACCGGGACACGGGCGGGAACCUUCAGUGGAAGGGCUACCUGGAGAAGACGUGCAUCGAGUGGCUGCGGAAAUAUGUCCAGGCCGGACAGAGGCAACUCAGCCCCGUCCAGCCGGAGGUGAGCAUCUUCCUGUCGGGGGAUGGGAGCCGCGUGUGGUGUUUCACCACGGGCUUCUACCCGCGCUCCAUCGAGGUGAACCUGGUGCGGGACGGCCUGGUCCUGGAUGAGAGCCGCUCCCACGGGACGCUGCCCAACCACGACGGCACCUUCCAGCAGCGCCGCUGGGCCCACGUGGAGCCCGGAGACACGGCCCCGCUCUCCUGCCGUGUGGAGCACCCGGGGCUGUCCGAGCCCCUCGAGGUCUUCCUGGGUGAGUGGGGGCGGGGAGGGAGAGGACUCCGCAAGUGCAGCAGCAAGAGGCCGCGCAUUGCAGUGAUCGUUGGCCUGGCGGUGGUGGCGGUGGCGGUGGCUGUGGGGGGAGUCCUCUACUGGAAGAAGAGACAAGCGGGGACCAGCGGCUACAAUCCCACCCUGUCCUGGGAGCGAGGGGAACAUUCAUCAAACUCCUCUGAUACAGCCUGAGAUCAUUGAUGUACAUGACAAACAACAAAGGACCCAACACAGAUCCCUGAGGCACCCCACUAGUCACCUGCCUCCAACCCGAUAAACAGCCAUCCACCAUUACUCUCUGGCUUCUCCCAUUCAGCCACUGUUGAAUCCAUCUUGCUAUUCCUGCAUCUAUACCCAACAGUUGAACCUUCUUAACCAACCUUCCAUGAGGAACCUUGUCAAAGACCUUACUAAAGUCCAUAUAGACAACAUCCACUGCUUUACCCUCGUCAAUUUCCCUAGUAACUUCUUCAAAAAAUUCAAGAAGAUUAGUCAAACAUGACCAGGCACAAAUCCAUGUUGACUGUUCCUAAUCAGACCCUGUUUAUCCAGAUGCUUAUAUAUAUUAUCUCUAAGUAUCUUUUCCAUUAAUUUGCCCACCACUGAAGUCAAACUAACAGGUCUAUAAUUGCUAGCUUUACUCUUAGAACCCUUUUUAAACAAUGGAACAACAUGCGCAGUACGCCAAUCCUCCGGCACUAUUCCCGUUUCUAAUGACAUUUGAAAUAUUUCUGUCAUAGCCCCGGCUAUUUCUACACUAACUUCCCUCAAUGUCCUAGGGAAUAUCCUGUCAGGACCUGGAGACUUAUCCACUUUUAUAUUUUUCAAAAGUGUCAGUACUUCUUUUACUUUGAAACUCAUAGUAUCCAUAGCUACUCUACUUGUUUCCCUUACCUCACAUAAUUCAAUAUCCAAAUGAUGAACUGUACACUGCAAGGGCCAGGAAGUGAGCGAGCAAGAUCAUCUCUGACCCCUCUCACCCUGGCCACAAACUCUUUGAACCACUUCUCACUGGAAGGAGACUCCGGACUGUCAAAGCUGCCACAGCCAGACAUAAAAACAGUUUUUAUCCACGAGUAGAUGCUCUACUCAACAGCCAAAAAUCUGUAGCCUCCCUUUGAUCUGGUAUUUUGUUGGUUCACAUGCUCGAUCAAUGGUGUUUUAUCAUUAAUGUUUUAUUAUUAUUAAUGUUUAGUGUUUUCUGUAAUUCGUAACUGUCACUGUAUGUCAUGUUGUUACUUGUGGGCGGAGCACCAAGGCAAAUUCCUUGUAUGUGAAUACUUGGCCAAUAAACUUACUUACUAUCACCAA